GAAGUGAUUGAGAGGUCUUCUAUAAGGGCUCAUAGGACAGAGAGGCAAAGAUGAAAAUGAAGAUCCUUGCUUUCCUUGGGUUACUGCAUAUUGCAUGCUCUUAUGCUUUCCCCGUGGCUCCAGAAAAGGAAAAAGAAGAUAUGCAGUUUGCUCAGAAAUAUCUGGAAAACUUUUAUGAUUUUAAAGAAGAGAAACACUCUCUCUUUAAAUCAAAGAACCUCGAUCACAUGGCUGACAAAAUCCGAGAAAUGCAAUCAUUCUUUGGGCUGGAGGUGACCGGGGAGCUGAAUCCCAAGACACUGGACAUGAUGAAGCAGCCCAGAUGUGGGAUACCAGACGUCCGUUCAUACAGCACCUUCCCACGGAACCCUAGGUGGAAGAAAGAACAUAUAACAUAUCGGAUAUUGAACUACACUCCAGACAUGCUGCAAGCUGAUGUGGACGAAGCAAUUGCAAAAGCCUUCGAGCUCUGGAGCAGUGUCACCCCUUUGAGAUUCACCAGGACCUACAGUGGUGAUGCAGACAUAAUGAUCUCCUUUGCUGCUGGAUAUCAUGGUGAUUUCUAUUCCUUUGAUGGUCCAGGAGGAACUCUGGCUCAUGCCUAUCCCCCCAGCAAUGGGAUAGGAGGAGAUGCUCAUUUUGAUGAAGAUGAAAACUGGACCAAAUUUACCACCUAUAAUGGAUACAACUUAUUUCUUGUUGCUGCUCACGAAUUGGGCCACUCACUGGGUCUUGGCCAUUCCAAUGUCUUCGGUGCCUUGAUGUAUCCUAUAUAUAUGGCCAAGGAUACAAGAAACUUCAGACUUCCUCAGGAUGAUAUUGAUGGCAUUCAGGCCCUCUAUGGACCCCCCAGGGAGUCUCCUGCAAUUCCAACAGAAGUGCUUCCCCCACAAGAACCAACUGAAAUGACACCUACAGAAGUACCAACAGAAAUGUCACCCCGGGAAGAACCAACAGAAAUGACACCCUCAAAAAGACCAGCGGACUGUGACCCUCAUUUAACUUUUGAUGCUAUCACUACUCUUCGUGGGGAAAUACUGUUCUUCAAAGACAGCUACGUCUGGCGUAAAAGUCCCUACUUCUCAGAGAUAGAGCAUGACACCAUCUCCACAUUCUGGCCAUCACUGGCAGCUGGCUUUGAUGCUGCUUAUGAGAUUGACAAGAAGGAUCGAGUGACUUUUUUUAAAGACAACCAGUACUGGGCUGUCAGUGGCUACAAUAUAGAGGCAGGAUUCCCCAAGCCUAUUCAGAACCUAGGUUUUCCCAGAAGUGUCAGGAAAAUAGAUGCAGCUGUUCAUGACCAAAAUACCAAGAAGACCUAUUUCUUUGUAGGCAACAAGUACUGGAGUUUUGAUGAAAAUACCCAGUCAAUGGAAAUGGGAUAUCCAAGAAAAAUAGCAGCUGACUUCCAAGGAAUUGGCCACACUGUUGAUGCUGCCCUUCAGAAAAAUGGACAUUUCUACUUUUUCCAUGGAUCAAACCAGUAUGAGCUUGACAUCAAGACCAAGAAACUUGUCCGUGUAAUGAAGAGCAACAGCUGGUUUGAUUGCGAGAAGUAUUAAAUGAUGGUACAGGGCUGCAUUUGCACCAGAAAUGUUUUUUCAUGUUCCUUGACUAUAGACAACAUCAUUCAGCUGUUACUGUGCGUCUGAUUCUGAAAUGACGGGCUUUGAAAUACCUAAUUUAAAAUCCUAAUAAUGUAAAACUUAAUGUACAGUUUUAAUUUAUUUUUUCCAACUAUUUAUUAAUCAAAUUGUUUUUGAGUAAUAAAGGUAUUUUGCUGGA